CCCACCGAGUUUGACCUACGAAGGAAGAAUGCUCAAUUCGCCAAUGCAGUCCGGUCGGGCAAGAAAGCAGUGAAGCCUUCACGCCAGGAUAAGAUGGCAAAAAGAAGUCCUCUCAGCCUCUGGGCUCUGGGCGUCGUCCUGUUUGUUGUUAUAGGUGGCGUGUUAUUCGAGCUCGCCAGAUUGGUAUUCCUGUAA